CAGCCAUGCUGACAUCCCAUCCCCCGUCCCCGUCCCCGCAGGUGAGUGUCCCAGCCCCGGGCGCGGCAGCACUGCCAAGCGGAAGAAGAAGCAGCGGCGGAACCGCACGACGUUCAACAGCAGCCAGCUGCAGGCGCUGGAGCGCGUCUUCGAGCGCACCCACUACCCCGACGCUUUUGUGCGCGAGGAGCUGGCCCGGCGGGUCAACCUCAGCGAGGCGCGCGUGCAGGUCUGGUUUCAGAACCGCCGGGCCAAGUUCCGCCGGAAUGAGCGGGCCAUGCUGGCCAACCGCUCUGCCUCGCUGCUCAAGUCCUACAGCCAGGAGGCUGCCGUCGAGCAGCCCGUGGCUCCCCGGCCCACCGCCCUGAGUCCAGAUUAUCUCUCCUGGACGACCUCGCCCUCCUACAGUGCGGUGCCCGCCUACAGCCCCGGCGGCUCGGGCCCCGCGACCCCGGGGGUCAACAUGGCCAACAGCAUCGCCAGCCUCCGUCUCAAGGCCAAGGAGUUCAGCCUGCACCAUAGCCAGGUGCCCACGGUGAACUGACAGCCGGCGCCCCAAGACCCUGCCACCUCC